AUGUGCUCCCCGCUGCCACCGGGUGGAGGGGAGGGGGGUUCAGCACUUCCUGGAUACCCGCUGGCACGGGGCUGGCUCCGCAUCGACUGGCCCUGCUCCUCCGGCAGCUCAGCCCUCCCUGAUGCCAUCUCGGCCUUGAAGCAAGCGCUGGGCCGGUCCCCCUGUGCCGCAGUCUGUGAGCAGGUGCCGGGCGCAGCCGCACUGCCCAAGGAUGUCAUCUGUAAAGUGCACUUGAAGAGCUUCGUGGAGCAGCAGGGCUUGGUGGGCUAUGACCCCAAUCUAGAUGUGCUUCUCGUGACAGAGGGGAAGCUGCGGUCCCUGGCUGAGCUGCAGCAAGCUGUUCUGCAGUGCACGGCUGAAGGCCAGGGGCAGUGCUGCAGCAUUGUGCAUGUGGUGAGCUGCGAGGAGGAAUUCCAGCAGCAGCAGCUGGACCUGCUCUGGAGGAUUUUGGAUCCAGGAGCCCACACAGCUUUGCAGAAACACCUUGUCUGUGGGCCAGUUAAGGUGACAAACCCCUCAUCACCCAUUGGUGCAGACCAGUACUUCCAGCUCCGAAAGCGCCAGAUGUAUGAAGCCUCCGUGAUGAAGUAUGGGGAGCUUGCGCAAGACGAGGCCUGGACUGAGGUGAUUGAUACCCUCACAGUGGCUGCCAUCAGGUUUGAGAUGCUGAGCACUGCCCACCGGAGUCAGAUCACCCUUGACCUGGAGGACAGCAGCAUCUCCACCAAGGGAACCAAGAGCGGUGCCUUUGUGAUGUACAACUGUGCGCGGUUGGCCACGCUUUUUGACACCUACCAGCGGGCUGUGGAGCGGGGCACGUACCCCUCUCUGCCACCAGCGUCAGACCUGAACUUCUCCUGCCUCCGGGAAGAGGGCGAGUGGCUCCUCCUCUUCAACUAUCUUCUGCCUUUCCCUGAAGUCCUGCAGCAGGCAGCACAGCUGCCCUCAUCCAGCAAGGGGAUCCGGAUCACAGCCAACACAGAGACCGUAUGCAAGUUCCUGAUCCAGCUCAGCAUGGAUUUCAGCUCCUACUACAACCGGGUCCACAUCCUGGGGGAGCCAUUCCCUCACCUCUUUGACCAGAUGUUUGCCAGGCUCCGGCUGCUGGGAGCAGUGAGGGACAUGUUCCACAGUGCCCUGGCAACGCUGCACCUCCCUCCUCUCAGCCAGAUCUGAGCCACCACUGAAAAGGAAGUGACGGGCACCAGGACAAUGUGCCACAAGGGGAAGGACAAAGCAUGUCCUCCCUCGCAGGGCAAGGAGUUGCCCCACAG